AUGGCAAAACGUCGCACCAAGAAGCGCACUCAUGUGCAGGUCAGCAAUGAUCCUGCAAAGCCAAAAAACGGCGUCUCCGCCACCAGCCAGUCUCCAAAGUCAAUGGUAAUUCGAAUUGGAGCUGGCGAAGUUGGAUCCAGCGUGAGCCAGCUGGUCAAAGAUUUCCGGUUGAUGAUGGAACCGGAUACAGCUAGUCGUCUGAGAGAACGAAGGGCCAACAAAUUGAAGGAUUACACCAUGAUGGCUGGGCCACUCGGCGUCACGCACUUAUUUCUUUUCUCCAGGUCACAAACCGGAAACACAAACAUGCGCCUUGCCCUUACUCCUCGAGGACCGACAUUACAUUUCAAAGUUGAGAAUUACUCUCUGUGCAAAGACGUCGCAAAAGCACUGAAGCAUCCCCGUGGCGGUGUACAGAACCAUCAAACCCCCCCGCUGCUGGUGAUGAACAAUUUUAACACCCCUGAUGCCGAUGAAAAUUCAAAGAUACCCAAGCGCCUCGAAUCUCUCACCACGACCAUUUUCCAGUCCCUCUUUUCUCCAAUCAACCCACAGGCUACUCCUCUAACUUCUAUUCGCCGUGUUAUGAUGCUAAACAGAGAGAAACCAUCAACUGAUGGCUCUGCAGAUGAUGCUUAUAUCUUAAAUCUCCGGCACUAUGCAAUUGCUACAAGGAAAACGGGAAUCUCAAAGCGAAUUAGGCGACUAGAUCCCACAGAACAACGCAACAAAGACAGGAAAAAGGGUCUUCCAAAUCUUGGAAAGCUUGAGGACGUUUCUGAUUAUCUUCUUGAUCCCACGGGCGGUGGUUACACAUCAGCUAGCGAAACCGAGCUAGACACGGAUGCCGAAGUCGAAAUUACCGAGAAUACUACAAAGAAAGUUCUCAGUCGGCGUGAAUUGCAACGGAUGAAAUCUGGCGACAAGGCGUCAGAGAAACAGACCAGCAAGCCCAAUGUAGAGAAACGAGCUGUCAAGCUGAUAGAGUUGGGUCCACGUAUGAAACUGAGGCUGAUGAAAGUCGAAGAAGGUUUGUGCGGAGGAAGAAUCAUGUGGCAUGACUUCAUCAAGAAGUCAGAGAAGGAUAUCAAGAAAAUGGAUGAUGAAUGGAACCGUCGCAAGAAUGAGAAGGAAGCACGAAAGAAGCAACAAAAAGCGAACAUUGAAAAGAAGAAACAGGACAAGGUCAAAGCGAAAGCCAAUGGGCAAACUGUUGAUGAUAAGGACGAUGAGGACGUCAGUAUGGAUGACGAGGACGAAUGGGAUAGCGAUGAUUUCGAUGAUGACGCUGAGGUUGAACACGAUGAAGAUGAGUGUAUGGAAGAAUAA